AUGUCUAAAACUCCAGACGCCAGUGCUCUCAAGAGCAUUCCGCCAGAGCUUCUGUCGACUAUCCCAGGCGGUAAACCACCACCUGGGGUCACGCCGAAUUUCGAUGACCCAGUGUCUCAAGUACCGGUCAUUGUAGGAGUAGGGACAGCGUUCCUGGCUAUGGCCUGCUUCUGCUUCUUCAUUCGCAUGUACACUCGACUCGCCAUCUCGAAAACAUGGAAGUGGGAUGACUCUAUUCAGUCUCAUAUAUUAUGCGGCGACGCUAAAUGCUACAUCACAGUUAUCACAGCAACGCCAGCCCUAGGACUGAUCAAACUCAGCCUUUUCAUUCAAUACUACCUCUUAUUCAAAGUAAGGAGUCCAUGGCCGGGAGAGUCUAUCCUCGACUGUAUCCUCUCAUGGCACUAUCUCAAGUUCGCCGAGUUCUCCAUUCCUACCGGCAUCAUUGGUUCGCUGGUCGACGUUGUCCUAUUUAUACUCCCAAUGCCCGCUGUAUGGCAGCUGCAGCUGUCAACUGCGAAGAAGAUUGGUAUCAUACUAGUGUUCAUGACUGGUGGCCUUGCCGUGGCAGCUUCGGGUGUGAACCUUUAUUAUCGUGUCCUGCUCCAAAACGAUGUAAGCGAUGCAUCAUGGAAAGUCGGAUACGUUUUGCUCUGGACGGAGAUCGAGAUGUUUGCUGGCAUCACAGCUUCCAGUAUGCCUGCAGUUAGGCAAUUUUUCUCUUCGCGUACCGGCCUCUUCUCCAAGAACUCACGUCCUUCUUUCACCCCCACAAUUAGCAUGAUAAAUCGCUCCAAGCGGUCUGGCCAUGAAGAACUCAUCAACCAGAAAGACAUGGCCUUCCGGCAAUGGGGGUAUCCCGUUAAAAAUGACGAGGAGAGCCUCAACAGGUCAGAGGAAAGCCAGAGUAGCCCCAGACUGAACGGGGCAUCUCCCCAACCUCAGAACCUAUCACGAUGA